AUGAAGGUUGUCGUUGCUUGCGACUCGUUCAAGGGCAGCAUUUCUUCAACGGAACUGAACGAGUGUAUAUCCAAGGCCCUCCACACCACAAGUAAAAACUGUUCUGUAUAUACAAUGCCUAUUGGAGAUGGGGGAGAAGGUACAUUAGAGAGUUUAAUGACUUUAUUUAACAGCGAAAUAAUAAAGUGUGAAGCCCAUGACCCUUUAAUGAACAUUAUUACAGCGGAAUACGCUAUAUGUGGCGAUUUUUGUAUUAUAGAAAUGGCAAAAAUAAGUGGACUUGUGUUGGUGCCAGACACACUGAGAAACCCUUUAAAGACGACAACUUAUGGAUUGGGUGAGCUUAUUUCAGACGCUUUAAAAAGAAACAUUCGCAAAUUUGUUAUUGGGAUUGGUGGGAGUGCGACCAAUGAUGGAGGGUGUGGUAUGCUUCGGGCACUUGGGGCCAAAUAUUACGAUGAAAAUGGCAAAGAGUUAAUAGGUGGUGGGGAAAUACUUGCAAAAAUUCGGAGCAUUGACUUAGCACAUUUCAAUAAAGGUCUUAAGGACUCGACAUUUACAAUUGCCUGUGAUGUGAAUAACCCGAUGUGUGGUCCCAAUGGUGCUUCAUUUGUUUAUGGAUUUCAAAAAGGUGCAACAAUGGAGUCUGCAAAAAUCUUGGACAAUGGCAUGCUCAAUUACGGGACGCUUUUGCAGAGAUUGGUUCAGAAGCCGAUUUUAGAGUAUCCUGGUUCUGGUGCUGCUGGUGGUAUUGGUGGAGCUUUUCUUGCUCUUUUCAACUCCGAGUUAAAAAGUGGCAUAGACUUAGUCUUGGAUCUUACCAACUUUGAAGAGAUUAUAAGAGAUGCAAAUUUAGUCAUCACUGGGGAAGGUAAAAUAGAUGAACAAAGUUUUAUGGGGAAAGUGUUGGGUGGUAUUCUCAAACGAACAAAGCUGAAACGUUGUAAAGUAGUAGCGUUAUGUGGGUGUAACGAUCUUCCUUUGAAUUAUCCCGUCGAUUCCAAACUCUCGAUAUUUUCCAUUCAAAAUGGUCCCAUAGAUUUACAUAGUGCGAUGAAGGAAGAGACUGUCAAAGAGAAUGUCCAACGACUUAUUCCAAAUAUCAUGAAGUUACUGAUUUAA